CGCGGUGGCAUCGUCAAAGUAUCAGUGUGACCACAUCCAGCACGAAAACGCAACAGUCGAUCUUAGUCAACAUUCAAAAAAGUUUGAAAAUGGGUUUCCUGAAAGCACUCCUCAUCUGCCAAAUCUUCUUCGUCAUCGGCAUGGCCUCCACCUCUGAAGCCUCGAUCAUCAGAGCAGGCAUUCAGUUGGUUGUCAAGCCAGCCAUUCGCAUUGUCAGGUUCUUCCUGACCUUGCCAAUCAGACUAAUGAUCAGAGCAUUCAGAAUCUUGGUGAAGGUGGUCGUUGGAACCCUGCGUGGAAUUGCUGAACUCACUGAAUCAUUGUUCUCCGUUGGCCGCCAUCGUCCACGUCGCUCUUUGCCUGAUAUGCCUGCCCAGCCCAGCGAAUUGGCCGCCACCAACAGCAAAGUGAACCUUCUUGGCCCCGGCGGUAUGCUCGUAGCCGCCAGCAAGUACGUCGCCUAAGAUGUGUGUUUUCGUGCGAUACCAUGAUCACCACCCCCCGGCACGCUCAACUGACCUCCGUCCACCAAUGGCACUGCUUUCUCUUUGAUUCUUUUAAUUGUUAAUUCUUUUCCUGUUUUCUUAUGGUUCUUUCGAUUCGUUGUAAUUACUUCACAGCGAAGUGUUAUGGAUUUUAAAUAAACUAACUGCAUGUUGACUCUGAAA